AAUUUGUUUUUCAAAACACCUUUUUCUUAUCAAAUUAAAAUCUCUACACCCUCUUCAACUGAUAAUACGGAUUCUAGCCAUGGCUUCUCCGCCCUCAAUUCUCUCCCUCCUUCUUCAUUUUGUUAUCACCGCCACCGUCUCCUCCGCCGACUCAUCGGGUGCAAUGGUAAGAAUGUACCCAAGAAAACACGUUGUUCGGGCCGAGGGCGACCCGAGAUGCGAGAGCUGGAAGUUCGCGGUGGAAGUGAAUGCCGCCGGACCGUGGAAGUCUGUUCCACGGCCGUGCAUCGGGUUCGUUCGAGAGUAUUUCAAUGGUGGCCGCUAUCUAUCGGAUUCUAAGGUGGUGGUGAAGUACUCGUUGACCUUUGCUAAUUCGGUCAACGUCGCCGUGAAGGACAGCGGGAGGGAUGCUUGGGUUUUUGACGUGGAUGAGACCUUGCUCUCCAAUUUGCCCUAUUAUAAAGUUAAUGGAUACGGGUCUAAACCUUAUAAUGAUACUUCAUUUAACGAGUGGGUGAAUAAAGGUUUGGCUCCUCCAUUACCAAUGAGUUUGAGAUUGUACAAAAAGCUCCAAAAUCUUGGAUUCAAGAUAUUUCUUUUAACUGGACGGGGUGAAUCUCAAAGAAAUAUUACAGAAGAAAAUCUUCUUAAAGCAGGCUAUUCAGGUUGGGAGAAGCUCAUCUUGAGAGGAGAUGCAGAUGAGGGAAAGAAAGCUACGGUAUAUAAAUCAGAGAAGACAGCUGAAUUAGUAAAAGAAGGUUAUAUAAUCCAAGGAAGCUUUGGAGAUCAGUGGAGUGACUUGAUGGGCUUUCCUCUCGCCAAUCGAUCAUUCAAGCUCCCAAAUCCAAUGUAUUACAUUCCUUGAACUUAAUAACCAUUUUGCUUUUCAAUAAUCUGUUUUGUUAUAAAUUAAAUAUGUACUCUUCUUCAAUUUCGUCACUAAUGUUUCUAGAAACUUGUUUUA